ACCAUGGAAGCGGAAGCGCCCCCCCGCGCUUUGGAGCUUUCGGCGUUGGAAGCGGAAAAACAACCGAUGGCGGCGGAAGAGGAAGAAAGAGCCCCCCAAGUUCCUCUUCCUGCGGAAAAGAACGGAUUGGUGAAAGUGGGAAGCGAAGAGGAAGGAUUGGGAAGAAGGGAAGGAAUUUCCGGAGGGAAAUUUACGGGAUUGGGGAAGGAAGAGUUGUUACGCGCGGCCGAGAGUCCCCCCUGGAAGAAGGCGCGGGCGGUGCUCCUCCUCGUGUUUUGGUUGGGAUGGUUGGGAAUGUUGGGAGCGGCCGCCGCCAUCGUGGCGCGCGCCCCCCGCUGCCGCCCGCUGCCCCCCCGCGCCUGGUGGGAAAUGGGGGCGCUCUACAGGGCCCCCCCGAAAGCCUUCGCCGGCGAGCUUAAAGGCGUUGCGCAGCGUCUGGAGCACGUGGCGGGGCUGCAGGUGCGGGGGUUGGUGUUGGGGCCGCUGCACCCCCAAAUCCCUGGGGGGGACCCCAAAAAUCUCUCCUUGGAUCAACUCGACCCCCAACUCGGGACCCUCCAGGACUUCCAGGACCUCCUCAGCGCUGCCAGAAAGAGGGGGCUGCAGGUGUUGGUGGAUGUGACCCCAAAUCCUGGGAAGGGGUCGGCCUGGAUGGGGGCGGAGAAGGACCCCCAAUUCCUGACGGGGGUGACGCGAGCGCUGAACGUGUGGUUGGAGCGCGGCGUCAGCGGCUUCUUCAUCGACGGCAUCGAAGAGCUCCCGCCCACAGUUCUCGCCGAGUGGAGGAAUCUCACUGAGCGCCAAAGAGACGACGGCAUCGACAGAGUGCUGCUAGGGGGUUCCCGGCUGGUUGACGCCCCCCGUUUACGGAGUGUCAUGGAGGAAUCGGGACUGGCGGUGGUUUUGGGGCGAUUCCUGGAGGCUCUCAGCCCUUCGACCCCCCCGGACGACGUCCCCCAACAACUGCUCCAGUUCCUGCUGCCAGAGACCAAACUCGCCUGGGCCGUGGGGUCCCCGUGGGCGCACAUGGCGUCGCUGUCCCCCCACCUGACGGCGCAGCGGCUGCUUCUGCUCUGGGCCCUCCCGGGGACCCCCGUGAUCAGCUAUGGCGACGAGAUAGGGCUGAGAGACCCCCCCGAGGGGGGGCAGGAGCCCCCCGAGAUGCCGUGGGAGCUCAUUGACUCCGUGGAGGAGGGGAACGAGACUGAGGCCCAAUGGCUCCUGGGGCUGUGCCGCCGCCUCGGCGCCCUACGGCUACGCGAGCGCUCUUUGGCUAUGGGCGACGCCAUCGCUCUCAGCCCCAUAGCGGCCUCCUCCAGCCCCAUAGCGGCCUCCUCCAGCCCCACAGCGGCCUCCUCCAGCCCCAUAGCAGCUCUCCUACGGCGUUGGGACCAGAGCGAGCGGUUCCUGCUGGUACUGAACCCCACGGCGCAGGCUGUGGGGCCCCUGGAGCUGCGCGACCCACGGCUGCCCCAUAGCGCCGCGCUGCGUCUCAGCACCCACCUUGUCCCCACCAAAGACCCACAGGUGGAUUUGGGGGCCCUCCAGCUCCUGCCCUACGAGGGUUUACUGCUCAGCUUUCCCCCCGACCCAUAGCGGCUGCCCCAUAGAUCCGUUGUGACCCAUAGCUGCUGCCCCAUAGAUGAGUUUCGGUGCCCUAUAGAUCUGCUUUGACCCAUAGAUUUGUGUUGGAGUGUAGGGACUGACCCAUAGAUUUGCUUUGACCUAUAGCAGCGCCCGCAGAGCCCCCACAGGGAUCUCCUGACCCAUAGCGGCUGCCCCAUAGAUUGGCCGUGACCUAUAGCGACUGACCCACAGAGGCCUUCAAGAC